CUGAUCUCCGAAAAGCUAGAAGCAGAACUUAUAAGUGAAGAAUCCAGUUUCGGAUGCCCCACUUGCGGAAAUCCAGAAUCAAAAAAACUAAAACAGUGUGCUCCGUUGAAGUCCGUUAUUGAUUAUAUUUUGCAGGUUAGGUCUGAUACUGAUUAUGGGGUGCAGAUCAAGGGAGACGUAAAUGCUGAUUCUGAUGAUAAUAACAACGAAUCCCAUAAAACUCUUCUAUCAGCAUUUAAUGAGGUUCUCAGUGAAAUAGAGGAACCAUUGAUAAGGCAUAGCUUUCAAGCAGUGGACGACCAACCAAAGACCAUAAGUGAUUUACCAUCAACAUCACAAACAAAUCAUGAUUGGAUCAAAAAACACUCUCAUCUAGGGUUACAAGCUCAAGAUACAGCUAUGGUCACUACACAUUCACAUCAAACACAAAACAGUCGUCCACACGCUCAAAACUCUUACUCCUCAAAAUCGCUCUCCGGUUUUGUAGGAGAUAAGGAAGAUCACACUAAUGACAGCCUUAAGGAUGUGAACAAAGAGUUCUUAUAUGCUAAGAAUUUUCCUCUUUAUCGCAAACUUUAUCAACACCACACUCAUCACUCUAAUUUCCCAUUUAAAACAAAGCUAUUCAUCAAUACAGAUUUCUCUCCACAGCUCGACAAAUUGGUGCUCUUGAGCGAAAAAAAAUGGGAGGUUUAUCAUUUAUCAGUCAACCAUCCAGAAAAGCCUCCCUUGUUACUAUGUUGUGGAAACAUAAAUGGGGAUUACGGAGAAACAUUCAGUGCCCUAAAGAAAGUUAGUACUAACGAGAUUAUAAUGAACUCCAACUUCGGUGAGAAUGCUAAAGAUUCCCUGGAAUCCUUAGCCAAUUGGGAGCACUUAUUUUGCAAGAUAACAAAAGACAUCCUGAUCAUUUCGGGAACACGUGGGUUUGUUCGCUUUUUUGACCUACAAUCUAAAGGAAGGCCGCUAUAUACGUACCAAUGUCGGUUUCCUGUUAGAUGCAUAGAUGUCUCUUCUGAUGGAAAGUAUGCUAGCUUGGGUGUAACAGGUAAAGACAAGUUUACUGGAUUCGAGCAAGCAUUCAUUAUUCUCCUAAAGCUUGAACUUCUGGAAAUAAAGUCGCAUAUCUCUAGUUUCAACGAAGGUGAAAAAUCAUAUGCAGCUGGACACCUGGAUACCAACGUGGGAUCAUUAUAUCCCGCUACAUCUGCGGGGCUAAGAACCUUACAAAUUCAGUGUUUCCCUUUCACACUUCCAUAUAGGGAUCCCGUGUCCAUUUUGAAGUUUUCUCCAAAUUGCAGAUACUUGACUGUUGCGACCGCAUUGGAAUCCAGAUUCAUGAUCAUUAGUAUCAAAGAUCCCUCAAGACCAGUGAUGGUGAUGAAAUCUCAAAGAAAACUGGAUACUUCUCUGGAGAGUGAAGGAAUAACCGAUUUAAGCUUCUUCCCUGAUAAUAGACUGAUGACAUUAACUUCUGUCUCGUACAAUUCAGUGCCAAUAAUCAUUGAUACUAAUAUUACAUCUAUAUCUGGUCCUGAAGGUAUUGCACAUCCGAAACUUCUUGCAAAAGUUGAGGAGGUCGGAAACACGAUUCAUAAGUGUUGCGUGUCACCUCGAGGGGAUUCAGUUGCAUACCUUGAUCGCUCUGGAGCUGUCUACGUUAUGUCAACAUCAAGAAUUGAUGACACUGACAGCAAAAGGUUGGUUGUAGUCACUGAUGUCAGCAACUCAUACCAAGUGAAAGAAGCGGCCUCUUUGAGAUUCGAUAAAGAUGGAUACAAGCUUUAUGUCUUGGAUCGAAAAGGCCUUCUCACAAUUUCCGACUUCACAGCAGGUACUGUGGAGGAUCCUUCUAUUACCAGAUGCAAAAUAAUUAUCUGAGAAACGAUAUGCUGUUUCAGUCAAGUUUGAGUCUGAGCCUCGAGUUUUUAAGUAUUGAUGGUGUAUGUUUUCUUCAAAGAGUUUGUAUUCAAAAGGUCAAACACUUGAUGAUGAAACUUUCUGGAAGUGAUUUUUUUGUUCCUGGUACCUGUGAACAUACUGCGCAACUUUAGCAUGUCGAUGCCGCUGGAUAACAACCUAGACUCCUCAUCUUGAUGAAAAUUAACUUGAAGCUUUGUGAUAUUGAUGUAAUCAGGGUUCUUGUUAGGUAGGAUAUAUGGUAUACCGAAAUAAUUCUUGCGGUUCUCUUUAUAAGUAUAUUCAAACAACAAGUUGUUGAUGUCCAAUGUAAAGUCCAAAAACAGCCGUCUUUUCUCCUUAGUGGAUAUGGGGAAAAAGUUAACGAAUAUCAGUUUGGAAGGGCAUUCCGAAAUGUUCACACCGUUAAAUUUCUCGAUUUCAUUUCUUCUGAUGUUACUUUCUUGUAAAGCUGAUAUCAAUCCGUUUUGGAGAAGGGCAUUGAUCUUCAAGAACUGAUUCUGAAUCAUUGCAUUGAAAUCGCGGGGCUCGAUUUCAGCAAGCUUUGAGUACUUCGGAUAUUUGAAAUAAUCUGAGAUAAUCAAAGCGCCCUUGAAAUGAAGAAAAUAUGAUUCAGAGUCAUCUCCUGUAUGAGCAAGCUCAGGGGUCUCAAGAAUAGAAGCCAGCCGCAAUAAACUGGUUCUAAUGGUCAAGGGAGAAUCGAAAUUCAAAAGCAGAGGCUUUAUAUCUGCAUCGCGUUCACUCUCGAUAGCUUUGACCUCUGCCUCAUUUGUCACUGUAACAUAUACAAUAUAACCCCUUCUAUUGAGAUCGUUGACAAGCUUUUGAACAACUACGGAGGUAGGGGGUCCAACAAUUAGAACUGCUUCAAAUCGCCUUCCAUUUGAGAGGAGCCGUGCCCUGCGCUGGGUUUUCGAAUGUCUUAAGUACCGAUAAGUCCCUAUACCUCCUAACACAGUAGCAAGAAAUACUGUUUUUAGAUCUAGGCGUGAGAACUGGUUGAUGGAUGUACGAAUCGCUGAGUGGUGAACUGGCGCAGGAGGUGGUGUAGUAUCAAUCCAGAUGUUUCUAAUAUGAUCAUAAGACUUAGAUAUCAAGUUCUUCGACGUUUGAAAAACUAUGUUGGAAAUGUCAAAAACUGAAUCCGCAAAGUCAGGCAUCCUAGUUAAUAAGGCACUGUCUUCAAAGGGGAAAAAUACUGUAAUAUCAUUUUUUGCAAAUUCCUUUCGCUAAAAUACUUCAUAAUACGACUCAAACUAUAUGAACGUUGAGAUCCCUACGGUUUUCAAUAUC